CUUUUUCCUUCGCUUCUUUUCGUUUGUUGUAACUUGUAAAUCUAAUUUUUCAAAUUAAUUUGAAAACUGAGAUUCUGGCUCCUCAGAUUUGCGUAAUACGAGCAGGAAAUUUCUGAUUAGAAUUCCCAUUUUGCCCUUUGCUUUCUGUAAGAGAGUCAAAUUGUUCUCUCUAACAAACAACAUUUCUCAAUUAUAAUUACAGUUAAAUCCCCAAAAUAACUUUAAAAGUACUGAGACGGAAGAGAGGUUUCUCUGUUUGGGUUUUUUAAUUUCACGCCGCCGCAUCGCAUCGCAUCGCCUCGCCGUCGCACUUUCAUUUUCAGGAAAUGGCGAACAAGAUUGCGAUGCUUCUCUCGGAAGCGAUGAACAACAAUGCUGUAAUAAACACGUGUCUUGGAGUAUCGUUUGUGGUUUUGGGGUUGAGAUCUGAUAAACAGCAAAAGUAUGUGGAGGCCUUAACGGAGCAGAAGGAAUCGCUUCUCAAGUCUAAUAAGGAAAUGAAAGUCACAAUGUGGGAGUGGAAACAGCAACUCUUCGCUGAAGCAGCAGCCUCUUCUGGUGUGGUUGUUCCUCUGUCCACGCUUAAGGCCAUCUAUGGAGAGGUCACCACAACCACUCAACCUGGUGACACAGUCAGGGAAGAGUCUAACGUUUCUAUCCCCAGGAUCAUGGUUUGAUAGGUUGUUAAAUUUGUCAGUAGGUUCGUUUCAGAGUCCUCUCACUUGAUAAAUUGUAUUCCUUUGAGAGCUUCUCAUAUACUGUACGACGUGGUUAUAAAUAUAUUUCCAGCAUUACACGAUAAUUUAUAUAAUUUCUGGCAAGGAACUUGGAUCUGUUUUGUUUUUUUGUUUUUUUUUUUUUUGAACUAAUGAACGGGAG